GCCUGCCCCGCGCUCACCUCCCCCCGCAUCCCGGCGUGCCGCGCGGCCCGGCACUGGGGCAAAGGUCGCGGGGCCGAGGGGGCAGCUCUGGCUCGCCGGGGACGCAGGAGCUCGGUCCCGUUCUCCACCUGCCGCUGCCGCCAUGGCGGAGCAGCCGCAGCCCGUCAGCCCCGUGAAGAACUUCUUCGCCGGCGGCUUCGGGGGUGUCUGCCUGGUGUUCGUGGGGCACCCCUUGGACACCAUCAAGGUCAGACUGCAAACCCAGCCUAAGCCACAGCCUGGUCAGACUCCACUCUAUUCUGGGACCUUUGACUGCUUCAGAAAGACUCUUGUUAAAGAGGGAGUCCGAGGCUUAUACAGAGGAAUGGCAGCUCCUAUUAUCGGAGUGACACCCAUGUAUGCUAUAUGCUUCUUUGGGUUUGGCUUGGGAAAGAGACUCCAACAGAGAAAACCUGAUGACGUUCUGACGUACCCUCAGCUGUUUGCUGCUGGCAUGUUGUCAGGAGUGUUCACAACUGUAAUCAUGGCUCCAGGAGAGAGAAUCAAGUGCCUUUUACAGAUCCAGGCAGCUACAGGUGAAACCAAAUACAGUGGCUCUUUGGACUGUGCAAAACAGCUGUACCGCGAGGCUGGGAUUCGAGGCGUGUACAAGGGGACAGUGCUCACCCUCAUGAGAGACGUCCCAGCCAGCGGAAUGUACUUCAUGACGUAUGAAUGGCUGAAGAACAUUCUGACCCCUGAGGGAAAGAGUGUGCGUGACCUCAGUGUGCCUAGGAUCCUCUUUGCUGGGGGCCUGGCUGGGAUCUUCAACUGGGUGGUUGCCAUUCCACCAGAUGUGCUGAAAUCCCGUUUCCAGACUGCUCCUCCAGGAAAAUACGCCAAUGGCUUCAGAGAUGUGCUAAGAGAACUCAUCAGAGAGGAAGGAAUUGCAUCUCUCUAUAAAGGCUUCACAGCUGUCAUGAUCAGGGCAUUUCCCGCUAACGCGGCAUGUUUUCUUGGUUUUGAAGUUGCUAUGAAGUUUCUUAACUGGAUUGCACCAGAUGUAUGAAGACUUAGGAAGUCUUUGGAUAUGAAAGAGUAGAAGGAAAAGAGUGCAAAGCUGCCUGAAAGGAAUAAAUGAUCACUUGAAGUUUCAGAAAUUAUUACUUGCCUAAUAACCUUUUUGCCUUCUCCACAUUCUUUAGGUGGUGCUAUGUGCCAAUCAGAAAUGUGAGCCUUAGCUCUGAAACAGAGCUGAUGAGGGGUUAGAGGUGAUACACACCUGUCUUCUGAGCCAACGUCACAGCAGUAAUGCUGCUAACACAGCUGCCACGAUUACACACAAUACCUUCAGUACUUCCUCAUGGAAGAAGGGGACACUUCUUUAAAUGUAAUUCUUUAUUUACUGAAGAAACAUGUAGCCACUAAUGCUGAAAAGCUUCCUUAAAGUAAUUGUUUGGCAGCGUGCACUUAACACUCAGGGCGUAAGUUAGCAGCUGCAUGUACUAGAAGCAAUGCCAGAGCAUGCCAGGCUCUUGCAGCCUUUCAGCUGGGGCUGUUUCUGUUGACAGUGGGUUUAAUCUUAAAAGACAUAAUGCAGCAAACACAGAGCUCAGCAGGGGAGGCCAGAGCAACGUUGUGGUGUGUUGAGUGCUAUUAGGGAUGGAUUUUGCAUGCCCAUCUUUUCCGUGGAACUGGGAGGGAAAAUUAAUUAUGCUUAAUGUUUCUGCUGAGCUUCACUGAGGCUGCCAGUGGGGAAAUGGCUUUGGUUAACCUGAAAUUUCCUCUGAAAUCCCCUUCUCUCCCACUGAAGAUGUACCAAGUGGGAUUUCAAAAGUACAGCACUAUUUGUAGCAACCCACGGUACGUUUGAUUCAUCAAACGCUGUCCUGGCAUUCAGUUCCCUGACCUGAGAAAACUUCACAGCACUUCCAAGAACUAAUUUCUCUGAGAUGAGGGGAAUACAUGAAGGAGACACUGGCUCUGCAGUUUUGUCAUAACUUUAGCCUUGCUCCUGCUCCUUGGUUUUCUCUUAAUCACGUUUUCAUGUGAAAAAUGACUAAUGCUAAGAAGCAAAAAAGCAACUUUUAAUCUCCUUUUGUUUUGAUGCAAUGUCACUGGAACUCAAUAAAGCUGGCUGCUGCUUGGCUA